AUGGCCGAUGACCACAGCUGGAAAUCCCCCCACCCAGUCUACAACGUUCCCCUCGCAGUCCUGCAAGCCACCAAGCAACCGACAAUCUACUGCGACGUUCAUCAAGUAGACAAUCUCGCACCUCUAUCAUGGGCAGUCGAAGUCUCCACAUGGAUCAACACCAACCACUUCUUGUGGUCUCUAUGCGCCGGUCUCGCCGACUCCGGCACUGACAAGGACUGGACGGGAACCUUCAACGCCCAGUACCGACUAGUUUGGGAAGAGAUCCAAGCGCGAGUCCAAGAGGUCGACGGAGAAUACAAAUUCGGUAUCCUUAUCCCGGAACCUCCGGUUCAGGAUGCGAUGGUCAUUCAUCGCCCUGGGAACCCCAUGCAACAGACUUGGAAGCUGCGUUCGCACCCUCGUCAUGUCCAUGCUACCCCUCAGGUGACGAGCUACUCUUGGAGUGGUCUGUGGCGAUUCUUGCGGUUUGUGACUGAAAAUCAGUCUACUGUGUCGGGUCGAUUCGAGGUAGUCCUCAGCAUUCCAUCGAUGCCUAAAGAUCCACAGGCAUGUUUGCUUCUGGCAAUGAAUCAACGCGACGGGCGAAAUGUGUAA